GCCCCAGCUCCGUGAGGCCCACCAGCAUCCCAGGUCUUCACAGGACCCAGCCAGCCCCCACGUGGGGCACCGCGACUCUGCAGGAGACCCCCAAUCCCAGACAAUAUCUUGGGCCCUCGCUAGAGAGUCAUCCUGCUGACGACCAGGCCCCUAAGGGAGCAGAGAGGUCCCUGCUCGGCAGCGUCCACUUCCUGCUCCUCAUUCUCCUGAAGGUGCCCCUGUUUCUGAUUAUGCUCAGUGCCGUCCUCUGGGUCAACAGGCCUCAGUGGGCAGUUUGUGGGACACAGAGUCGGCCUGAUGAAGACAACCUGCGGCCCUCCUUGAGCAUCGAUAUCCUGUCCAGAGACACCGCCACUCAGACUAGAGGAGGAAGAACUGCUGGCCCCAAACCUACCUCUUCCCACCUAUUGCCAAAAACUGGUAAAAAUAAAUAAAUAAAUACUUGAAUAAAGCAAUGAAAUACAUCACA